AUGGACGAUGAUGAUGUAGAAGAACAUCAAGCCCUAGGAAUGAAAAUUGAUGAAGAAGAAAUGAUUGAUGAAGAAGAAGAGAUUAAGAAGAAUUUUUUCCAACCUGAUGGAAGAUUUUCUUGUGCAAGGAUGAUGUUGUUGGAGAAUCUAGAUGAUUAUAUUCAAUAUGAGACAGUAUCAGGCUUUGUGUGUGAAGCAUUUGGAUACAUCCUAAGGACAGGCGAUCCCAUCAAAGUUGUACUUGAAAGGGAAGAUGAAGAUGAUAACGAAGAAUCUGAUGGUGACCGCCAGGAUCAGAAAGAGAAGAACCAGAUUUUCAAACUUGAGAUACUAGCAGGAAAUGCCAGAAAAGUGAGCGUUGUUCGGUUUGAAAGGGUAAAUAAUGGGGAUGAAAUGUCGGAGACUAAAGAAGUCACUCGCUUGGUCCCGAAAAUCAUGAAAAGAAGAAAAUGGAGCAGUGAUGAGGACUCAGAGGAUGAUGCAGAAUAUGAUGGAGAAGCUGCAUCGGCAAAGAGACUACAUGAUGAUGCAAUUUCUAGUGAAUUUGUAGUUGAUCAGGAAAGUUCUCAUACAAAAAGUUGAGUUCUUUCUUCAUUUAUUUUUUCUCCUUUCUUUCUCUCUGUUUGGCAUGCUUUUGUGCCAUUUUUUUUGCCACAACAUACAUAAUGGCAAAAUUGAGAUACGUGUACAAAAUGAGGACCAGUUAGUUAACAUGUAGAACCUUUCAAACAAAAAGGCUUCUAUGUCGAUGAAAGUCUUCUAGCGUGUUUGGUUGUGCAGCAGAAAGCCACAUAAUCACUUAUGAGAAGAAGUUACAAAGUGUAGCUUCUUGACUCACCAUGAUUUGGUCUUCACCAGUCCAAACAUGC